GGUAGUUUUUCAUUUCGCUGAAGAUGAGGUGGAGUGGAAUGUGAACAGAAUAUGUCUAUACGCUAGCUAGCUACAAAUAAAUAGUUUAGCUAGGUUAUUCUCACCAACACCGCAAUGGCAGGAAUAAUCAAAAAGCAAAUAUUGAAACAUUUGUCCAGGUUCACCAAGAACCUGUCCCCAGACAAGAUCAACCUCAGCACGCUGAAGGGCGAGGGUCAGCUGUCCAACCUGGAGCUGGAUGAGGAGGUGCUGCAGAACAUGCUGGACCUUCCCACCUGGUUGGCUGUCACCCGGGUCUACUGCAACAAGGCUGCAAUCAGGAUACAGUGGACAAAGUUGAAGACCAGCCCUAUUUGCCUGUUCCUGGACAAAGUAGAAGUGGAGAUGAGAACGUGUGAGGAGCCCCGCGCCCCAAAUGGCCCCUCCCCUAUUGCCAUCACUGCUGGCCAGAGUGAGUAUGGCUUUGCUGAGAAGGUGGUGGAGGGUAUGUCAGUCAUCAUCAACUCUAUCACCAUCAAGGUGCAGUCCCGUGCCUUCCACGCCUCCUUCGAGCUCUGGCAGCUCCAGGGUAACAGUCUCAACCCCAAAUGGCAGAAGACUGACCUUCGCUACACCCGCAUCACGGACCCAAAAAGAGGAGAGGUGUUGACGUUUAAGGAGAUCAACUGGCAGAGUCUGCGUAUCGAGGCUGAUGCCAUAGAGAGUGAGGACCAGGACCUGAACAGUACCCCACUACGCCUCAUCACCAACCAGGGACGCAUCCGCAUUGCCUUGAAGCGCAGGCUGAAGGACUGUAACGUGCUGGCCUCUAAACUACUCUUCAUCCUGGAUGACCUGCUGUGGGUGCUGACGGACUCUCAGCUCAAAGCUGUCAUCCACUACGCCAAGUCCCUGAGCGAGGCUAUGGAGAAGUCUGCCCAGCAGAGGAAGAGCUUGGCCGCAAAGUCCCUACAAACUGCACCACCUUCCCCUGGUAUACACGCUCUAUCGACAAACCCUCCACCCUCUCCCAGUGGUGGAGUCCCCAGUACCCUGGACCAGUACUUUGAUCAACACGAUGUCAAAGAGUCCUCCUACCACACCUUCAUCUCUCGUCUAGACCUGCACAUAUGCAACGACAUUUCCUCAGCAGACCCCGAUGAGCCUCCUCCUCCAUGCCCCCAUGGUGCAAUGCAGCUGACCUUCCGCAAGCUUGGUUUUGACUACUACCCCAUCCACAGGCCUGGUGAUGGCUGUCGGCAUUGGGAGCGUCACUGUGGGGCGAUGGAUGCCCGGGCCCAGUGGGCUGGUAUACUACUGCAGGAGUUCCAGAGGAGGGUGGACGCAUCAGGGAUCCCUGGGCCAGACUCUAAGGUCCCCAAUCAGGCCAAGGACUUCCCUGCCAAGAGGACCCAGGAUGGACAACCCAACCCCAAGGCCAGCCCUCCUGAAAGGGAGCAGAUCUCCAAGAGGACCUCAAUAGCACAACCUCUCCCGUUGAAUCCUCUUAAGAGGCUCCGCUCCAGCUGUGUGGUGGUACGAAUGGAUGACCUGGAUAUACAUCAGGUGUCUACAGGGGGAUGCCACAGCAAGAAGACCCCGUCCUUAAUAUCCUGUAACCGCAAGGCCCUGAACCUAGCAGACAAUAUACCAGCCAUCCACCUGCAAUUCACAGAGUAUUACUUCCCUGACAACCCCGGUUUGCCUGUACCCAAUACUAACCUAUAUGCCCAACUGAACGGCCUACAGCUGUGCCUGGACCCAGCCAGUCUGCUGUGGGUCAACCUGUUCUCUAGGGGCCUGCUGCGUACCCUGGAGCAGGUCAAAGCCUUCUACCACCUCCAUGACAGCAACAAGGCAGAGGAGCACAUGGACAUCCACAUGGACGCAGCUCAGAUCAAGCUGAUCAUUCCCCUGGAGUCGUCGAUCAUGGACCACCAGGACCGGCCCCAGUCCCUAAGCACCACCGUUCCCCAGAUGGUCCUCAGCAACACACGCCACUCCCCCCACGGCACCCGGGCCGACCUCCACUCCACCUACAGCAGCUUCUCCACCUGCCACUUCUUCCAGUCAACUCCCCCUUGCUCCUUCCCCCGAGACCAGAGCUCCUUCCUUCCCCUACCCUCUGCCUUCCUCCAGCACUCCCUGGAGAUGGAGACCCUGUCCCUCUCUGAGAGGAGGCCCCUAAGGCCCAAGGAUGUCUGGUUCUUCAGCUUGUCCCGUCUGUCCAUGAGCUUCGAGGGGGCGCGGAAAAGCAACAGGGGCAGAGCUCACCCCUUCGUGGAGCCUUUCACCAUUUCUGUGUGGAUGUGUCGUCCGUCUGCGUUUAAGGUCAGUUCCCUAGUCUCCUCCCCCAAUGAACCAGCUCCUGUUGAUCCCAACCAUAAAACCCCAGAACAGCAGGAAAACCACCUCCCGCCCAACCUGGAACACAACCAGGACAGUCGACAGGAGGUUGCAGUGGCUUCUAUCCACUUCCUGGCCCAGGCCAUCACACCGGUCAAAGUGUGGCUCAACCACUACCAGUAUGUUGCCCUGUUGCGGAUGAAGGACACCCUGGCCAGGCUGGGGCACGAGCUGGGCCGGGACACCAGGGACUCUAAGCAGGCCAGGGGCCAGGAGGCUGACCCCCCUACGGUGUGCCUAGCCCUCCUAAUGGACUCAGUGGAGCUGGGGCUCCUGCUACCACCUGCAGCCACGGAGCCAGAGGAGGCCCACACCCCAGGGUCUGAAAGCCCCAGCCUGACAGACUCCGAUCUCUCCCCCACUCACCAGGCUACUUCACCAGGCCCUCUGGAGGACAGUGGGAUAGGAAACACCACUGCCACCAUCAACAGCUCUCCUCCCCUUGAGCAGGAGGUGGAUGGUGUAGUAGAGGAGGCCAGCGAGGCAGUGGAGGUCAUGGAGAGGGAGAUGGCCCAGGGGGAUGGCAGUGGUCCUGUUCUCUCUCCUCCCUUCUCCCCUGAACACCAUCACUCCCUCCUGUCCCGGGACCCCUCUACCUUCAGCCUGGAGGGAGAGCUGUCCACUGCCCUCACCUCCACCAAGGACGUCACCAAAGAUGCCUUUAGUGCCUCCCUGGACCUGACUAAAGGGGCGUUCUCCAUCACAAAAGAUGCCUUCAGCUUCAUGAGUCGAGGGUCGGGGAUGAGCAAACUGUUCAAUCCACAGGCGAAGGAGCAGCGCCCUGAGGAGGGGUCCCCCAUAGCCAGCCUGCGGCUCCAGUCCAUGAACCAGUCUCUCUCGCAGCACUCAUUUGACAGUGCUAUCCUGGACGGCAGCCUGCCCAACGACCACCUCUCAGUGGAAAACGAUGCCAGUGAGAACUUUGUCAUCCUCAUGGAUGACUCAGGGGUAGUGUCCAUGAUGCGACCCAAUGGUACCCCGGGGCCCAGUGGAGGCAGUCCUGCCCUGGGGACAGAGGGGGGGUCCUCAGCUGACCUGAGCAGCUCCCUGUCCCAGAGCAUUGAGGACAUCACACAGGACACAACCUCUGUGUUGUUGCUGGUGCUCAGUGGGAUGGCCUGUGUGGCAGACCUGAAGGGAGAGGACCUGGUGGUGGCAGUGGAGGCCCAGGAUCUCAUCCUAAGACAGAUGGGCAACGUCAGGGUCUCUGACCUGCUGACUGAACUGAUGCCAGUGCCUGGUGGGUCUACCGUUGGCCACAGGCAAGGCUGCAGGGCAGUUCCCGUGGUGGGCAUACGGAUGGAGAUGGGUCCUUCUGCAGCGCGGCAUGGUUCUCUGUCUGGGUUGGUGGGUCACCUGGAGCUGGGUGUGCGAGACUGUCAGGUGGAUCUGUUGGUUUCUACCCUGGCCACCUUGGGGCCCUUCCUGGAGGAUGAGCUCAGUGCUGACAUCCAACCCAUUAAGAUCCGGCUGGAAAACGUCACUAUCACUCUGAAGGAUGAUGGUCCCAAGGUCUACCCCACGGCCCCCCAGCCCCAACCUGUCACCUUUACCGUAGACCAGGUGGUUGUGGAGCGAUCUGAUGACGGCAUUUUGAGAAUCAAAGGUGUUGAAGGCACAGUCCCAAGAGACUCAGCAGGUGGUGCUGUGGUAUGUUUGGAGAAGCCAGACUGUUGGACAGAACGAAAACUGUCGCAGAUCACGAAUACUUUCCUGGAGUCGCAGCUAUCGGAAGCUCAGUUGGCCCUCUCUCAAGCCCUCACUGACCGAGAGCGUCUCCUCUUGGAAGUCAGGAAGUAUGACCCCAUGUUUGACCUGUGACCGCUUUACUUCCCCGGCCAGCAGAGGGCAAUAUACUGGCACUACAUCAAUAAGGGAGUAAAGGAACUGAUAGAAAUGUCUGGACAAAAUUAGCUGUCUGAACCCAGGCAUAUGACAAUUUCUAAAGAACAGUGGAAUCCACCCUGAUGGUUCCAAAGGUCACGCUCUUGUAAAUGAAUUGCACAAACAAACAGUGUGUCACUUCCAGAGAACACAUAGGGGGCCCCUGUAGAAAACAGGUGUCCUACUGUAGUCACUCUUUACACACUGACGGGUAUUGCUGUACAUUUAAAGCGAUUUACACCUAGUUUGAAUUUAAACCACCAUAGAGAAUAGUUGACUCAUUGUUGUGCUGCACCUCACUGGCCAUCUAUCUUUAGUAAAUAUUUUAUUUGAAGAACACGUGCCAAAAUUAGUCUACUAUGCAGUCUUCUAUGCAGAGAACUGUCAGUUUAGUAGUGUUAAGAUUCCAUUGAUGUUGUUUCCUGUACACAUCUUUCAAUGUCAGGCAUGCCCUGUGAAGACCACUAGAGCUCUAGGAAUGUUGGUGUGUGGGUUUACAAACACCCACCAAGCUGCAACUAUAAAACUGUUCGCUAUUGUAAAGUAGAUCCUGUUCAUAGUUGUACAUAACUGUACGUCUGUAUAGUUAGUAGCUGGUAUUUUAGAUGCAUUCAUGUAACGUUGUUUAGGAUGAUUGUGUAUUAAAUAGAAGUGGGGAAGGGAAAGAAAACCACUGACUUAAAGCAGUACUGCACUGUAAACAUGGAGCUCCUGUCUGUGGGAUCACCAGACACACCUCCGCAUAGCUAUCCUUUUGAAAGGUUGUGUAUCUGAGAAGGGGAAAGCUCUCUCCACACUGUUCUCAGAUACCAGGUCAAAAUGUUCCCGUCUUAUUUUUCUUGCAUAAAAAAAAAAAAAACGUAUAUGAACGGUAAAACUAAAUUUGGUGGUUGAAUGUUCAGAUGACACAUGCUUUCUGAUCUUUUGAGGACAGUUAAGACAAUGGUUAUGGUACAUUAACUGGUUUAGUUUGUUACUUGAGAGGUGUACCCUGCACUCAGACAGGUAUUAGUUGAUCUCCUUUACUCACCCAUCUGCAUGGAGAAACACCAUCUAGGUAUAUACUAAUACCUACAUUUACAUUACAUUUAAGUCAUUUAGCAGACGCUCUUAUCCAGAGAGACUUACAAAUUGGUGCAUUCACCUUAUGACAUCCAGUGGAACAGUCACUUUACAAUAG